AUUUCUCCUAUCUGGAGAUUACCAUUUCCAAAAAAAUACAAUGUAUCAAUAACAAUCCUUUUUUAAGUCAAAAACUUCCAAAUUAAUCCUUUUCAUAGGUACCGCAACUAAGUACCAUAGUAGUGAUAAGCACUUUAUUAUUCCUUAAGUUUCAAUAAUACAAUAGUAAUCAGAAAAAAAUAAUACUCAUUAUCAUUGUUUGUUUAUCUAUAAGAGAUUAAAAAUCUUCAAUUUUUAAUAUAUAACAAACGGUGUACGUAUGUAGGUAGAUUUAUUAUUGUUUCAGAUACAAUAUUGCACGGAGUUUAGUAGCGAGAUGCUGUCGGUGGUAUUUUUGUUGGGAGUAUGUUCUUUAGCUAGUGGAAGUCCUCUGAGUCUUAAGCAUAGCCCAAGGUCAGAUCUAAUCCGUAUCGUUGGUGGAAACGAUGCCAACAUUGCAGACUAUCCUUAUCAAGUGUCCAUCCUAAUGUACGGAGAACACUCUUGCGGAGGAUCAAUUAUAACGAAAGAUUUCAUCUUGAGUGCUGCUCAUUGCUUUCAUGACGAGUCCAGAGUAAGUCAAUUCGGAGUCCGAGUAGGAUCUUCUCUAAGAACUAGCGGAGGCCAAAUGUUUAAAGUAAAAAAGAUUAGUUCUCACCCUGGCUUUAAUUAUGAUACCUUCGACAAUGAUGUUGCUGUCUUAGAGUUAGCUAGCUCAUUGACCUUUGGAACUGGUGUCCAACCAAUCCAGCUUCCGUCUGCCAGUACCAGUUUUGUUAAUGGGCAAAACUCAGUAGCAACAGGAUGGGGCCUUACCAGCGACAAUGGAGAUUUAGCUACCAUUUUACAGGUAGUCACUGUUCCUCUUAUUACCACUACCUCGUGCCAGAACAGUUACAGUUAUGGUAGUGCCAUAACUCCGAGGAUGAUCUGUGCAGGAUCUGCAGGAAAGGAUUCUUGCACGGGUGAUUCUGGUGGACCUCUUGUCUCCAAUGGAGUACAACUUGGAAUAGUUUCCUGGGGACAAAUUUGCGGAGCAGCUGCAACGCCAGGAGUUUAUACUAAGAUAACGGAAUUUUUACCUUAUAUUAACAAUAUUAUUCGUUAGGGAUAUUGAAAGUUAUUAAAACUGCUUUCAGAAUAAAUGUUUCCUCUUUUUAUUCAAUCAGUGCUAUUGUUAUAUGCCUAAUGUGGGCCGGACCUCAGUGGGUAUAUCGCCAAAAGGGCACUAUGAAGGUGCGCCACAAGUUCGGGGGUCUACGUACAUAUACGAGGAUGCAACUGCUUUCCGCACGUAUAGACGGCGAUGCCCUGAAAGGAAAUACUCUCUAGGGUAAAGCGGCCAUGAAGAGGAUUGUUCCAAGAGUUUCUGUGGUAAUAAGGCAACCCUGAAGAGAAGUGUAGCUACUGCUCCUUUUGGUAAGGAGACCCUGAGGAGAGAAGGACCCAAAUGAGUACCGAUACCAUGGGCUACAUCCAUUUUGA